GCCUGCUCCCGAGCGCGGCUUCCCCCGCCGGCGGCGCGAUGGGCUGCGGGAACUCCACCGCCGCGAGCGCGGGCGCCGGCCGAGGCCCUGCAGGAGCAGCUAAAGAUGCAACAGAAGAGUCAAUAACAGAAGAUGACAAGAGGAGAAACUAUGGAGGGGUCUAUGUAGGUCUGCCCUCCGAAGCUGUCAAUAUGGUAUCCAAUCAAACAAAGACUGUACGAAAAAAUUAGAAGAAAAUAUCAUGACUCAAUGAUCAAGAGCUUGCUCAUUAAGAUUUGGAAGGAAUUGCGCCCCAUGGGACAUCAUAAUGUGCACAGAAAUUUCCAAGGAAAUUCUAAACAGUCACAUGCUUCGCCUCCCCUCCCCACCCAAAUUCUUACAUCUGUAGUUCAAACCAUGGGUACACGUUGAACGUUGUGGUGCUAGACAGGAAGUGGGUAGACGAUACACAGGCACAUGGGGCUUCCUGGGCCCACCCGCGGAAGACAAGCUGACACAGGCUGGUGCCUGGAGCCGACCUGCCACGUCCGGCAGCACCGUCACCCUGGCCACCCAGCACGGCUCAUGAAGAUCAUGUCUUCUCACUGAUACUUUUUUGAUAGCCUUUAUAUAAUAAAAUCCUUAUUCUAUUUAUAACUUCAGAUACUAAGGCACUAAACGUGAACUCCCUAAAGUAAUAUAUUUGUGUGUUACCUUUCACUGUUUCUAGGUCAUAUGAAUUAAUUUUUAGCUGUAAAAAUAAAUUGAUUCUUGCUGUUAUCUCAUCCCCUUUUUUACCUUUUGGUUUUCAGCUGUAUUUAAGUGGCAGAGAAUUUCUUCUGUUAGGAACAAUGUAUUACGUUGCAAUAUUUAAAAAUAAGCCACUGAAAUUUGCAUGCCCCAUGCAUGUUUCGAUUGAUUUUCUAUUUUCUUUAGCUGAAGGCUGAUGUCGCCCCAGAUCCUUUGCAGUCAUCGAUUCGUCCAUUCUCAUCAUGUUGAUUCUAUACUGUCUUCAAGGAAUUGUGACUGAUGGUUCGUGGGGUAUUUGGAAAGCUCUUAAUUUGAGGAGGAUAUGUGGCCACUUAGUACUGCAAUGUAGAUUACUCAAUUUACCAAUGUAUUUCAACAAUUAAAACAUUUUUAUCCCUCUUCA